CCAAGUCAGCUGUGGUUGUGUUGUUCCUCCUACUGCAGCAGAAAGGCUACAACCAGCUCCUCUGUAUGGCUAAUGUUACUCGUUAGCUUUGAAAACGAGAAAUUUUAUAAUUUCCACAUUUUAAUGGUCAUCUCGGAAAGUUGGACAUAAUUAUCGCAAAGAGAGUGAUUUGAAGUGAUUCCAAAUUGAAAGAAUUGAUGAUUACCCUGUGACACAAUAAAUUUUGAGGCAAUUCAUUUAAGAGGCUUUUGGGAUUCAUCUCUAGAACCUUUUGGUGAUUGUUCUGCAAAGCCUAGAAGCUUUGAGCAGAUAAGGUGAGAGAUGUCGUAUUACUCAUCUUCGUCAUCUCGCAGUUCCUCCAGAAACUUGGAGUGUAAAGUGUAUGUGGGAGAUCUGGGAGGAGGAGCUGCUAAAGGAGAAAUCGAAAGGGCCUUUGGCUACUAUGGCCCUUUGCGCAGCGUUUGGGUGGCCAGGAACCCACCUGGUUUCGCUUUUGUGGAAUAUGAAGAUGCCCGGGAUGCAGAGGAUGCAGUGAAAGGAAUGGAUGGAAAGCUACUGUGUGGAUCCCGGAUUCGCGUAGAGUUGUCCACUGGUAUGUCAAGGAAGAGCCGAUAUGGCAGAGCCAGUCGUCGUCCAUUUGAUCCAAAUGACCGAUGUUAUCAGUGUGGAGACAGGGGACACUACGCCUACGACUGCUACCGCUUCAGCAAGCGAGGACGUCGAAGCAGGUCGCGGUCUCGAUCACGUUCCAGGUCGAGGAGUCGGCGCAACCGGUCACGAUCUCGAAGCCGGAGCUAUAAACGGAGAUACCGUUCUCCCUCUUAUUCAAAACGCAAGAGCAGGUCUGGUACUCCAGCUCGCUCCAAAUCUAGGACUCCUGUUCGGAGUCGCUCACGGUCUCGCUCUCGCUCUCGAUCUGCAUCGCGAUCUCGCUCCAGAUCCGGGUCUCGUUCUCGCAGCCUUACGAGACGAAGAUCCAGUUGAUUAGCUACAGAGAGUGAACGAGAUCACCCGACCAAAAAAAAAACGAAAGCAAGCAAGCACAAAUCUUUCAGACUCUAUCAGACUCCGGUGACCCAUUGUUGCAGGCUGUUCUUGUCUUUUCUUAAAGAGUGCGGGAGGCGAUGGCACUGACCAGGGCUCAUCCUUGCCAUGUUAAACGUCCUCCGGGAGGGUGACAAAAGAGCUUACCCGAGAUCAGCCUCCUGCCGCGCUGCUUUAAAGAGAUCGUCCAAGGGCAUCCUGCGCGUACUCAAACAGUUGUUCCACCCGCCCCACUCCCAUCCCAUGCACUAUUCGCUGCAGACCAGAAAUGCUGGGCUGAGAGUUUCGGGGCCCCCUCCCCUUUCUUUUUCCCUUCAAAGCUCUGGCUUCGUGCUUAGCUUCUGAGAAGGGUGUGUGAGAGAAAGAGAGAGACGAGAGAUCAGUCUUCAAGACCUCUGCGAGUCUGUCUUCGAGUUCUAGCAUCCGUCGCUUCUCUGUAUGUUGUUUCCGCCACUGUCUGCAAAGGUAACCAACCCAAGAGUUACUGUCCUUCUUGAUAUGAGCCCUGGUUUUAAUAAAGCCAGAUUCUCUGUAAAACUUUUAUAUAAUGCUGACAUUGUGCAGAGCAUGUGAUGAGCGAAUGAGAGCGAGUAUGUGCAGCUGCAUGAGUGAACGAGUGCAAAUAUAAUGGAAAAACGCAUGCUAGGUGUUUUUGUGUGUGUGUGCGUUUGUGCGCUCUUCUGUGUGAAUGUGUUUGUUAUUUACCAAUCUAACCCUGCUUUAGAGGAAUCAAUUGGUUGAGUUUUAGAUUUUCUGAAUAAUGCGGUACUGUUAAUAGAUAAGGGAUUUAGAAAUUUCGUCGAUGGCUCAUGUGAGACGGUGGCACUCUUGGGUUCUAAAGAGGUCUAUCAUUAGGUGAAGCAGUCUCGAACACGUUUGCAGUCAGCAGCAGUUUGCUUUCGAGCGACUCAUCACUGUAAAGAAGUACUCCAGCGUUUUCCUAUACAUCUUAUCUGCGGAAUGUGUGUAACGCAUUUCCCUGUAACUAAGAAGAGAAUAGAAACCUGCACAUAAAAAGAUCUGCCUCUAACCAAAGGUUAAUGAAUUUGGGGAACUCUGUUUACAUUUCCAGGAUAUCCAGAGCGACUUGAGCAGUUGAGGGUUAAGGGCCUUGCACAAGGACCCAGUAGUAGCAGCUCAUUGGUGCUGGGUUUUAAGCUCAUUACCUUCCGAUCAGAAGCCACAAAAUCUUUAUACUAAAAAAAUUUAAAUUUCAUAUACACAGAUUGACUUUAUAUUGGUUUCACAAUUCAAUAACACUAAAAGAACAACAAAGUAAAAGUUCAACUGUACCAUCCACAUAUAUUUGUGGUUGCUAGGUAACUUAACUGAAUGUGAUUAAAAUGGUAACUACCAAUGUGUAUUUCAAUGUGUAAAUAGGUGAAUGAAUACGAAUGAAGUUAUCAUUAUAAAAUGUACGUUUUGAUCCCAAUGGAUUCUUAUUUAUUGUCCUUUUUCCGGCAUAUGAACCUACUUGUUUGCUGGGCCACUACGAAUAAAAAAAAAACUCCCUUACUAAGGAUUUACAGGAUGUAAGUGUUUCAGGCGCUACUGAUCACCAAUUACAUAUAGUUUAUUGAGAGCAUUUAACAUCUGCCAUUUCACCUUCAUUAUCAAUAAUGUGAAACAUUUCAAUUCAAGUGAAACUCAAGCAGGUUCCUGUUUUUUUCUCAUUACAGUUAAAUGUGUUUGUAGAAGUGGUAAUUACACUACAGUUGCAGAGGUUAGAAAUAUGCUGGAGUAUUUCUUUAAUUACAUUUAUUUUUCCAAGUUCUCAGCUGCAUUCCAGGUGUUUUAACAACUCACAUGUCAUAUGACAUUUAAAUAAGGCAGAUUAUUUCUUAAGCUUUCAUCAUAUUACCAGCAUAUUGUAGCUCAUGAUUAUUUCUUAUAUCUAGAUUUAACAUGUUUUAUAGUUCGUCCAAGCAGCACUGAAUGAGGUCAAGCUCAAAUAUUGGAAAAAGAGCCAUCCAGAAAGAAUAUGGUUGAAGCUGUUCUAAGUUCAUGGUUAAUUUCACUGAAGGCAUCUUUCUCUGUGUUCCAGCCAUUCCAGGUCCCCCAGCCAGAA